GUUAAAAGUUUGAUAAUGAGUCGCAUCGUUUUUAACUUCCAGACCCUUCUUUCUUUUCUUUCCUUGAAGAAAAAAAACAAGAACCUCCAAAACCCGGCGCUCCCAUCAUCUCUCCGAUCCCGUGCCAACGCUUCCGAUCGAUCCCUCCUCCGAUUCCGAAAAUGCCGUUGGGAUUGAUCAUAGGGUUAGGGAGGGCUAUGCGGAGGAAACGAACUUCAUCACUAAAUAUAUUAUCUUCGAAAAGAGGGCCUCGAGACUAUUACAAGGGAAAGAAUUGCAAGCCCACUGGUUUCCACACUCGUAAAGGUGGGUAUGUUGUGAUGGAUGAAAAGUUGCCGCGUUAUGUGGUCCCAGAUUUGACUGACUUUAAGCUGAAGCCUUAUGUAUCUCAAUGCCCAAGGGAUGCAACUGCAACUUCCACCUCAGCUGACUCGGCAGCGUCCGCUGAUACUGCCAACUAAGGGCAUCUGAUAUCUGUGGUUCCUGCCCCCGUUUUGUGGCUGGAUGAUUGCUUGGCAAUGGAAGAAAUUCUUGAAUGAGUGGAACUAAAGUUGAUGGCUUGCUUUUCUCUGUAGAAUGAUUCAAGCUCUUUAGGCAUCUUCGGGUUUAGGCUUUUGUGCCAUCAACAACACACUAAUGAAGUGCCCUGUUGAUUGAUGAAAGGAGGGUUAUCAAUUUUCGAUAUACAGAAAGAUACCAUGGUGCGCUUCAAAUGGCCACAUGAUUCCAUACCUUAAAUGGCAAUUACGUUGGUUAAUUUGGUGUCA